CGCCGACCAAUUCUUCUCUGACACGCUCGACAGCGACGGCCAGCUCGCGGAGCCGGACCGGCGCACGCUGCGGAUAUGUAUGGACGGGGCUGCGGAUACGGUUAAGCUGGGCAUUCACUAUCUGAGGAAGAAUGGGCGCGAGGGGGGCGCGAUCGUGCUGACGAGCAGUCUGGCCGGCUAUCUGGCGAGUGCGGGUGCGCCGCUUUAUAGUGCGGCGAAGCAUGGUGUCGUCGGCCUCAUGCGCGCGCUCAAGCAGGAAACGGCGAAACUCCGCAUCUCGAUCGCUGUCGUCGCGCCGGCUAUUACGGUGACGCCGAUCCUGUCGACGGGGUACCGCGAGGCGGGGAAGGAUCCGGCGGAGUAUGCGGCUGCGAUGGCGGAGAAGGGAGUGCCGAUUAACAGGGUUGAGAGUAUUGCGCUGGCGGCGUGUUGGCUGUUCAACGAGGGCAUGGCGGCGAACGGGGCGGGGAUCUUCGUGCAGGCGGAUCGGAUGGUGGAUUUUGAGAGGUCGCUGGCGAAGAAUCGUGAGGUGUGGAUGGGGAAGGAGAUGUUGGAUUUGUUUCGGGGUGGGAGGCAGGCGCCGUUGUUUCAGCGGGUUGAGGGGGAGAAGUCGAAUCUGUGAUGGGGGUAUAUUAGAGGUUGGUAGUAACUCCCAGAAGGUCUUCGUGC